ACACACACAUUCACGUGCUUAGACCAAUAUAACCUGCAAAAGGAUCAUGUUUAACACACAAGUAUGAGUUGUAAAGGGAAAGAUCAGCACUGUUCACCAUACAUAUAUCAUAGACAGUCCUACAGAUUUUGAACAUCUUAUUAUUGGUUGACAUUGAAUUAUCUCAUUACUGAGAAAGGAAGAGAGAACAUUCCCAUGAGCAGUGUAUGAGAGAAACUAAAAUAUAUGUAAUGAAUGUGUCGGUACCUGUAUCAAUCACAUCUUCCUUUGGGUAAAGGACCAUUCAAUCAUUCUUUUUAUGUACCGUAGAAGGGGCUUUACAUCUUGUUUAUGUAUUCAGCUAUUGAGGCCCCAGUCAUGAAUGAUAAAGUAGUAUCUGGUCACGUGACAAAUAGUGGCAUGAACUGGAGACAUAUAUACGCAGUUCCUUGAACAUAGCGGUUUGGGGCCAUUUCAUUUAGUAUUCUUCCUCAGGAAAUGCUACCAAGCAGUUUUCCAUUCCAGUGAGAGGAAACAGGCGCGCAUUGUUUAUGCAAAUCUCGUGCUGCCUAUUGUCUGCCGCAUGCACCAGCGUGUGCUGUCCGCCUGUGUGGCGCUGUCCACCCGCGUGGUGCUGAAAUGCUCCGCUCGGUCUGUGCAGCGCGUUUGGGUCUCCUUUCUGCCUCAGCGCAACUAUUUUCAUGGGUUGAAUAAUGUGGUGCUGCAGAAGUGGGUCCUAUUCUGCCACUGAUCAUCGUGAUGAAAUACGUUUAUAUUUAUGUUUUGUCGGCCUGGCCCAUAUUACAUGACACCGUGAUAUGGUUUAUGAGCAUGAUUCAUAAUUAAAACCUUAUUUUCAUCUAACGCUGUAAUCCGAGGUCCCGCAGUUUCCAGGGAGAUUUAGAUCAUCUAUGUCCACUGGUCGUAGCCUAUUGUCGGUAAAAAUCAGUGUGGACGAAUUGAUAUUGUGGUGGUUAGACACAUAGUUUAAAGACACAGAUAGGACAAAUCUAUAUAGCCUAAAGACACAUAUAGUGUCGUGAUCGUUGUAGUGAGGAGACAAAAGCGCAGCGUGAUGUGAAUAUAUCUUAUUUAAUGACAACUAAAGAACACUGAAACAAACUAUUACAAACUUUACAAAAUAACAAACGAACAUGACGCUAAUGAUAACGAGUGCAGACAUGCAACAUCAACAUAGACAAUCACCCACGAACCAAACUGGAAAAUGGCAACCUAAAUAAGAUCCCCAAUCAGAGACAACGAUAAACAGCUGCCUCUGAUUGGGAACCAAUCCAGGCCACCAUAGACCUAUGUAUGCCUAGAAUACACACACAACCUAGACAUACAAAAACCCUAGACCAGACAAAACACACAUACCACCCUCGUCACACCCUGACCUAACCAAAAUAAUAAAGAAAACAAAGAUAACUAAGGUCAGGGUGUGACAUAUAGGACAAAUCUAUAUAGCCUAAAGACACAGAUUUAAACUAUCUUUGCUAAAUACUUCCUCAAUCAGUUAGAUAGGCAAAUUAGCAAAAUAAUGAAAUACACUGAGUGUACAAAACAUUAGGAACACCUUCCUAAUAUUGAGUUGCACCCCCCCAUUCCACAGGAAUGCUGGACCAUGCUGACUCCAAUGCUUCCCACAGUUGUGUCAAUUUGGCUGGAUGUCUUUUGGGUGGUGGACCAUUCUUGAUGCAUACGGGAAACUGUUGAGCGUGAAUAACAGAGCAGAGCUGCACUUCUUGACACACUCAAACCGUUGCGCCUGGCACCUACUACCAGACCCCGUUCAAAAGCACUUCAAUCUUUUUUUUGCUUAUUCACCCUCUGAAUGGCACAUGCACAAUCCAUGUCUUAACUGUCUCAAGGCUUAAAAACCCUUAUUUAACCUGUCUCCUCCCUUCAUCUACACUGAUUGAAGUGGAUUUAACUUCUUAUGGCUGAAGGGGCAGUAUUGAGUAGCUUGGAUGAAAGGUGCCCAUAUCAAACGGCCUGCUCCUCAGUCAUAGUUCCUAAUAUUUGCAUAUUAUUAUUAGUAUUGGAUAGAAAACACUCUAAAGUUUCUAAAACUGUUUGAAUUAUGUCUGUGAGAUUAACAGAACUCAUAUUGGCAGGCAAAAUCCUGAGUUGAAAUCAAAACAGGAAGUCAGAAAUCUGAGCCUGUAUGUAUUCACCAGAGUCCCUUAACAGGUGACAUCAAUAAGGAAUCAUAGGUUUCACCUGGAUUCAGCUGGUCAGUUUAUGUCAUGGAAAGUGUAUGUUUUCUUAAUAUUUUGUACACUCAGUGUAUGUACUACCGCUAUGUAAAUACACACUACUAAAUCGUGUGUGUGUUCGUGUGCGUGCAUGUGUGCGUGUAUGUAGGCGUGAAACCUCUAUCCUCCUUUUCACUUUCCUCUCACGAUCCUUUUAUUCCCAGCCCGUUACUCCCCCUCCCGUUCAGAUUGAGCAGGCUACUGGGAUUAGACGUGUGUGAGGGGAUGAGAUGGCUUCCUGCUCCUUAUGACGCGCUAUGAGAACACCACUAGGCUGUGCUUCACUCUCAUUGUCACACGACGGCAGAAAGAGUACAGUAAACGGAGGGUUUAAAAGGAUACAGCUCUGCUAUAAUAAUAAUAUUAAAAAUAAUACUGUUAAUAAUAAUAAACAAAAUAUACGCCUAUAUUUGCAUUCAUUAUUUAUUAAUUCAUUGAGAAUGUAUAGAAUUACCACAUCUGUUUAGUAAAGUAGCACUUUUAUUACUUGUGAAUCAAAGUAACAUAUUUUAUUGUGAGUGAAAACAUUGUGCUGCUCAUCUGUUUCUGUGGUUUAAGCGUUCUUCUCCAGUGUAAACAUAGUGUGCCUUUAAGAUCAAGUGAAUCAGUGAUUGGUCUGUAGCAGAGUGUUCUUUCCACCAAUACCGUGUCGAGCCAUACAAAGGGAUCUACUCCCUCCCCUCAGCCUCAGCAUCUCAUCCCUUAGCCUACAAUGCUCUGAUUUGGGAGCUACUCAUGCACUGACUGGAAACAAAACACGUUCUGUUUGAAAUUCGUGGAAAUGUUUACGUUGAAGAAUUUUUAUUCCAAUAUUGUGCGAUGGUAUUUCCUGCGAACAGGAGACUGACUCAAUGGAACAAAGGACAAUGAGUAUUCGUGGCCUUUUGAGGUGGCAAGUGUUCUGGAUUUAUCAAUAUGUUCUCCUGUGGAAUACAAUAGAGGCACAGAUUCGAUACACCAUACCUGAGGAAUUGAACGUGGGCUCUGUUGUUGGGAAUAUAGCUAAGGACUUUGGUUUGGGAAUAUCUGAGUUUUAUGACCGUAAACUAAGGAUAGCCUCUGAUGCUGGUAAGCAGUAUUUCAGUGUGGAUUUGGAAAAGGGUGAACUGGUUGUCAAUGAGAGGAUAGACAGAGAGGAGUUAUGUGGAGAGAGCGUCCCUUGUCUGUUUCCAUUGGAGGUUAUAGUUGAACAUCCCUUACAGCUGCAUCGCAUUGAAAUCGACAUACAGGAUAUAAAUGAUCAUUCUCCGAGUUUCCUUACAAAUGACAGGGUUUUGAAAAUAGCUGAGUCUAUCACUGCAGGUGCGAAGUUCACAAUGGAAAGCGCACAUGACCCUGACGUAGCCUCAAACUCCUUACGGUCCUAUAGUGUCAGUGAUAACGAUAAUUUCUUGUUAAAUGUGAAGACCCAAGAUGGCACAAAAAUACCAGAGCUUGUGCUAAAGACUUCAUUAGACAGAGAGAAGAAGGCAGUUCAUAAGCUCGUGCUCACCGCUGUAGACGGAGGGAAUCCUGCACAAUCUGGCACCUCUGAAAUAACGGUCAUAGUGUUAGAUAUUAACGAUAACGCACCCCAAUUUAAAAUACCAUUUUAUGAAGUAUCUGUCGCUGAGAAUAAACCAGUUGGCACCACGGUUCUAAACGUCAAAGCAACUGAUUCUGACGAAGGACUAAAUGGAGUGAUCGAGUAUUUCUUUGCAGACCAAACCCCCGAUACAAUAAUGUCAUUACUUGAUGUUGAUUCAAAUACUGGAGAUGUAACUAUCAAAGGGCAGCUUGAUUAUGAACAAAUACAUUUGCAUAAAUUCGACAUAAUGGCAAAAGAUAAAGGCAAUCCACAAAUGGAGGGACAAUGCAGUAUAAAGAUAAAGAUUGCUGAUGUUAAUGAUAAUGCCCCUGAAAUUAUUAUAACCUCACUCACCAGUCCAAUACCAGAGAAUUCAUCCCCUGGAGUGGUUAUUGCAUUGAUUAGCGCUAAAGACUUAGAUGGUGGUGAGAAUGGCAAAGUAAAGUUAAAUAUGACACCGGGCUCACCGUUCACCCUGAAGCCCUCCGUCUCCAACCAUUACGCACUGGUGACCAACGGCCCAUUAGACCGAGAGACGUUCCCGGAGUAUGAUGUUGUCAUAACCGCAGUUGAUUCAGGGUACCCACCUUUAUCUACAAAAAAAACCGUGACUGUGGAAAUCUUAGAUGUAAAUGAUAACCCUCCAGUGUUUUCCCAGCCCUCGUAUACUGUUUAUGUUAAAGAAAAUGGCACCCCGGGAUCUAUCCUGCGCUCUGUGUCCGCCUCUGAUACAGACAUGGGUGAAAAUGCCAAGAUUUCCUAUUCUAUAUUAGACUCUAAAGUACAAGACGUGUAUGUCUCCUCCUAUAUUUAUAUAAACUCAGAUAACGGCAGCAUCUACAGCAUGCACUCGUUUGACUAUGAGAAACUGAAAGUGUUUCAGAUUCAGGUGCAGGGAAAAGACCACGGCUCUCCGUCUCUGAGCAGCAACGUCACGGUUCAUGUUUUUAUCCUGGACCAGAACGACAAUGCCCCGGCUGUUAUUUACCCCUCCGCUGUCAUGGGCUCUGUCUCCCAUCAGAAGAUUCCCCGGUCCGCUAAAGCAGGCCACCUCGCCACUAAGAUAUCGGCAGUGGACGCAGACUCGGGCCACAACGCCUUGAUUUCCUAUAGGCUGACGGAGGCCACAGACUCGUCUCUGUUCAGUGUUAGUCUUUACACAGGUGAGGUGAGGACAAAACGCGCUGUUUCAGAGCAGGAUGACUCCUCUCAGAGGCUGCUUAUAGAGAUAAAGGACAAUGGGGAGCCGGCCCAGUCCACCACAGUCACAGUCAAUAUACUGUUCGAGGACGGGCUACGCGAACCCAUAUCGGACUACCGCCAGAAAACUGCAGAACCCAGCAGGAGAAACAGUAAAAUCACCUUUUAUUUGAUCAUCUCUCUGGCCUCAGUGUCCGUCUUGUCUUUGUUAACUUUUCUCAUCUUAGUGGUGAAGUGCGUUCGAAACAGUAGGAGCAGCUCGAGUUGCUGUAUCAGACGGGCUGACUCUGACGGAUACAAGAAUCCCAACAGAAACCUGCAGAUCCAGCUCAACACUGACGGCCCUAUUAAGUAUGUGGAGGUCCUGGGAGGGGACCUGUUGUCUCAGAGCCAGUCGUUCAGGUCGUGUCUCUCUCCAAUGUCAGAGUUCAGUGAUUUCACCCUCGUUAAACCCAGCAGCACUACUGACUUUAAGGAAAUGAUAAACGUGCUUGAUGCAUCUUUACCUGACAGUGCGUGGACUUUCGAGAGCCAACAGCAAAAUCCACCCAACAAUGACUGGCGCUUAAACCAGCAGGUACAGAGACCUGGACCCAGUGGCACAUACAGGUACAGCACCAUCACCCAGCAGAGAUGGACACCGUACGGGAAGGCGAGAGCUGGCCCCCAUCCUGCGGGGGCAGGUGGUGUCGUAGCUGGAACAGGACCCUGGCCCACCCCCCCCACCGAGGCUGAGCAGAUCCAGGCUCUGAUGGCUGCUGCCAAUGAGGUGAGUGAGGCGACUGCGACCCUUGACCCCCGCUACAACGCCCAGUUCCCCAUGCAGCAUGUGCCUGAUUACCGCCAGAACGUCUACAUCCCCGGCAGCACGGCCACCCUGACAGCCAACCCCCAGCAGAUGAUGCCCCAGCAGGCCCUGCAGGGCCCGCCACAGGCCAUGCCCCAGGUCGAUGUCCCCAACGCUGCCCAGACCCCCGCCAGCAAGAAGAAGUCCACCAAGAAGGACAAGAAGUAAGCCAAGCUAACACCAAACCCAAUCACCAUGGACACCAAGACCCUUUACACCCAUACUGCAGAGCGUCCUCCCUCAAUAGAAACCUUGAUCUUUAUUUUUCUUAUGCCAUUCAAUCUGAUAGUUUAAUCUGAUAGUUCAAUCUGAUAGUCCCAGCGUUGUGGAUGUAGUGAGCAUAUGUCAAAAUGUUGGUAGUGGGCAAUUGCUGUACUUUUACUCCUAUGGUCAUCACAGCCCACUUCAGGCAGAGGUUAUUGGUUUGUGGUGUAUGUGGGGUGGGAGGGGGAGGAAGAGCAGAGAAAAGAAGAGGGCAUGAGCUGUAUUUUGGAUUCAGAUAGAUUUCAUGUACCUGGAAUUCAUGUAGUGAUCUAGCUCUGCAUUAUACCAUUCUAAAGAAAAAAACAUCUGAAUGUUUGUUUUCAUUGAAACUUUUGAUGUUUCUCUAAAAUGCAAAGUAGUUGCUUCUUAUGACGACAUGAAUUACACGACCUUCUUGUUUAUUUAGAGAACUUGCUUUAGCUCUUUAAGGAAUGGAGUAGACAAGACAUGUUGCAUGAUUCAUCCUAAGGAUGAAGAACCACUGAAGAUAAGCCUACAUACAUUUGAAGAAAGAGGCUAGCUCAACUUUGUCACAAAAAUACAAAUCUCAUGUGAGAAUGCAUACCGUGGCAUUAACAUUUUGAAAUGUAAGGUUCAUUGUAGUAAUAUGACUAGUAAGCAUAAGAACAGAUUCUGAUUUUGUGUUACCUUUAAUGGUGACCAUCAAAGUAUAUCCAGCUGCUUUUUAAAAUCUUGUCCAAGCAGGAUUCUGUGGUAACUUAGAUCAUUUAUCCACGAUUGUAACCUUUUUCCAUCAUUAUUGGUAGAAUCCUGUACUGCAUUAAAACUAAACUUUGUUUAAAUAAUGUAACAGUGUAAAGGUGAUGGAUCAGUGUUUUAUAAACUUAGAACCAGCAUUAUUUCGAUAUUGUAUCAGCGUUGUUGUAACGUUGUAUUAGCGUUAUGCCGAGCUGGCCCAGUGUGACUGGCUCUGCACUGUGGCCCUCUCUAAGGCUCAUAGACAGAGUCCUGUGACCACGACCCCAGGGUUGUGGGUUACGGUUAGGGUUAGACAGAGUCCUGUGACCCCAGGUUUGAGUGUGUUAAAGGCAUAAGGAGGGGAAAGGGUGGACAGUCUCUGUCCUCUUGCCACAUGUACAGUAUCUCUUUGGCUAUGACAGCCUGUAAAUGUGCUCUAAUCACUUCUUCAGCCCAGACCACAGGUUCAGUACACUACAACUCCAGACACUGCAGGACGUUCUGUAAUGGACAGUUUACAGGAGCCUCUGUAGAAGCCUUGUUGUGCGUUCAGGGCAAUAUCAGGACCAUGGACAGAGACCACCUCCCUCUCCUCUCUUAGAAGCAGUCUGGGGCACAGAGAAUGUUUUCAGCCCAUCCUUAACCCUGCCAAAUCCUCAGCUGCACUGACACUCUUCCCCCAUGUAAAUAAGACACAGCCAAUCUGAGAGAGACAUCACUCUCUCACCACAGCCACACUGCUGGCUAGUACUGGAAUGUUUAGAAUAUUUUUCAGGAAACAAAUCUGAUAACAUUUUUUUUUUUAAAGAAGUGGUUAAUAUUAAAUGUAGUGGUGUAGUGACUAAGAUUUGAGCAAACGGACUCGUCCAAGCUGUAAAUAAAACUAAAACUUUCAAAAGACAGUCGUAGCUAGAGGCUUGUGAAAUUUUUUGUGCAUAUUUUUGUGUUUUCCCUCUAUCACUUUCUUUCUUUGGUUACACCAAACUUUACAUUUUAACACAUUACACCUACAUGUCUUUUAAAGUGUGAUUCCAUUUCCCUGCACUUCGUCCUGUGUUUGUGAUUUUGAUUAAUUGUUUAUGCUACUGGAAUGCCACCCUUGCUCAUAUGAAUAUAAAUAUGUGUCUUCUAAUCCUCUUUAUUCUAUUGUAUUAUCUUCCGUAUUAAAAUGCUGUUACACUCUUAUUUUAUAUGCAAAAAUUUAUACCGCUGUUUAUUUCUUUAUGGUUUUUGUUUAUUCUCUGCUCACUGACAUUUACAAAUAAAAAUCUGUUCUGAUAUGA